AUGUCGGCGAUGUCGGCGGUGUCUGGCGCGUCAGCGGCCACGGUGGAACUGCAGGAACUGACGCCUGACUGGCCGAGGACGCUUGAUGUGCGGAGACAUAGCUCGGACAGACUGAGCUGCGACACCUGGAGAAACUCCUCAGAGUCCGGAAGAAGGGGCCCAGGCGUGUUGCUGGCGUCUGUGUCGGAGGAUUUUCGCUCAAGGCCUCAGGAGGAGGAUGAACCCAUAGAGGCGCCCCAUAGCUCCAAGCUGGUGGCGCCGGGGGAGCACCUGCAACCCUCAGGGGACCCGCUGCCCUGCGGCGUGAAUCUGCUGCGGGAGACCUUGCACGCGCAGCACGAGGAGGUGAUGCUGCGCUUCGAGCGGCUGCAGCAGGAGCUCCUGUCCAAGCUCUCGGCGCCGGUCGGCAAGUCCGUGAGCCCACGCGCCAAGAACCCCUUCCCGCGUUCCAACAUGAGCCGCCACACCUCCUCGGAGCAAAACGGGCAGCAUAGAAAUUCCAGCCCCGUGAGUGGGGCCAGCGAGCCGGGCGGCCGGCGCGUCUCUGUCAGGCAACAUCGCACCACCUCCAAUUCCAAUUCUAAUGGCAUUCUGGUGCCCUCGCCCAAGGCCAAGGAGCAGCCCAAGACCUUCAGCCCGAAGCUCUUCUCCUCCUUGACCCGCGUGGAUGAGCAGCUGCGCCAGCAGGCGGCGGACGUGGACGCGGAGCAGGCCAGGGCCCAGCGGAAGGUGGUGGUCUCCGACGAGGGCCCAGGCAUGAAUCGGUGCGAAAAGAUGACCACUUAUCCAUCGUUUGACCUCUUUUUUGCCGCCGUCAUCCUUCUCAAUGCCGUCUUCAUUGGCAUCGACGUUCAGGUGCUGCUGCAGCAACCUCCCGGCUCCUGGGGGGAGGCUCUAUCCCAGGUGGUUGGCAAGGUCUUUACCGUGCUCUUUAGCUGUGAGCUCAUCAUCCGGAUGGCGGCGCAGGGCAAAACCUAUUUUACCAACAGUGACUGGAGGUGGAACUGGUUGGAUUUUGUCAUCGUGGUGACCUCCUGGGGCGAGUGGGCGCUGUCGCUCUACUUCGAGCUGACCGUCCAUACCGAAGGCUUCGAGCGCUUCACCGGCAUGUCAGGGCUGCGGAUGCUGCGCAUCAUCCGCAUCACGCGGCUGGUGAAGAUUGCGCGCCUGGCGCGGGUGCUGCGCUUCAUCAUGGCCUUGCGGACCUUGACCCAGUCCAUCCUCUACACCUUGAAGAGCCUGAUUUGGGCCAUGGUGCUGCUGAUGCUCAUCGUGUAUACCUUUGCCGUGUUGUUCACCCAGGUGGUUAACGACUACAUGAACGACCCGGACAGCUCAAUGACCGACAGAGAGCGAGUCGCUGGGGAGGAAUAUUUCGGAUCGCUGUUGCAGGCGAUGCUCUCCCUUUACAUGAGCAUUGCUGGCGGGGUGAGCUGGGAGGUGGUCGUACUCCCUUUGCGCGCGGUAUCUAUCUUUUGGGUCGUCAUCUUCCUCUUCUACAUAGCGUUUGCCAGCCUGGCUGUUCUGAAUGUAAUUACGGGCGUUUUCUGUCAGUCAGCGAUAGAUGCUGCGCAGAGCGACCACGACAUGGUGAUACAAUCCAUCCUGAACAACAAGGAUACCCACAUUGAGAAGAUCAGGAUGCUUUUCUCCGAGAUCGAUGAAGAUUCGGCUGGGAUCAUCACGUUCCAGAUGUUCCAGGAACGGAUCAUGUCAGAGGAGGUGAAGACCUACUUCGAGUCCAUAGAUCUUGAUGUUUGGGACGCCUGGACGUUCUUCAAACUGCUGGACAUGGACUCCGGCGGAGCCGUUGAGGUGGAAGAGUUUCUCAUGGGCUGUCUGCGCCUGCGUGGCAAUGCCAAAGCCAUGGACAUCGCCAAGCUUUGUCACGACCAGACGUGGCUGAUUCGGGAGCAGGCAGGCCAAGAAUAUGUUGGCCCGUUGUGCCCUUUUGCUUUGACAUGCAACAACGUAAGCAUUUGGGACAUCGCGAUUGUCCUGAAUUGA